AUGUCCAGCAGCGCGUCAGAAACCGUGGUUGAAAAGUAUCGCUACGAAAUCCUCUUUGGCACGUGGCUAGCCGUCACAGGAGCGACAUUUCUACGCAUCAAGCGACAGCCGUACAGCACCCGCCUGAAGAUUGAGCAGUACGAAAGCAUCUUCAAAGGCACUUCACUCAGCGCCGUCCUUAUCGGCAUCGGCAUCACACCCGCGCGCAGCACCGCGAGGCACACGGCUGACCAUCGCUCACCAUCGCCAACAUCUCCAUUUGUCUUGUCGAGCUGCCGCUGGUGGAGCAAUCGGAUGCGUCCCGGCUUGGCAUUUCCCCGCAACUUUCACAUGCGAACACGCUCCACUCCGUCUUCUUCCCCCAAGACGCGCAUCAUCACCACCAACAACAUGUUGCUUCGCUUGGGCUCGCUGAGCUUUGAGCUUAGCUUGUGGAGUCCCAUCUAUGCCGUUGCCCCCUUUGUCUUGCUCUCCAUCUCCAUCCCGCUUGCCUUCUUCGCCCUCGUCACCACGUCCAUCGCCAUCGCGCUUCUGUCGUUGCGCGCAUUGGCCGUCUACUUCCGCCUGGCCAUUGCUAUCGUAGGCGCGUGGCUCUCCCCGUCGCCUCCAUCGAAAUACAGUCCUCCCCGUCGUUCUCGCCCCGUGCCCGCGUCAGCCCGACAUUCACCAAAGAGCGUGCACCAGCGCUCUCGCCGUACCAGCAUCACCGGCACGGCGUCUAUCCAGGGCCCUGCUGUCUAUUCUGCCCAGUCUCCAAACUUUCUUCAGCGAAAGAACAAUUCGCUUACCGCUCUGAUCGGUACUAGCGAAUUGACGCGAGAUUUUGAAGGCGUAGGUGGCUGGAGAGUUACAGGUGAUGACGAUGAAGAGGCAUUGUGGAUGGGCAUCAACUCAAGACUUGAACUGCCUGCCGAGACACCAACCAGAAGGCGCAGGUUAAGCCAUACUGGCGCUGCUAGCCCAGGUCAGCGAGUGAGCGUCGGAUCGGAGAUCUUGCGAAUGAGUCCGGUGCAGAGUAGAUCGAGGACGCCCGUACGGUUCGUGCAUGACGAUGAGUAUGGCUACUUCCCCCAGCAGCCCAUACCAAACAACACACGCUUCAGCCACAGCCCAGACAUUGCCCACGAACGUAAGAGACGAAAGAGCACUAGCAACAGUAGCACGUCCAGCAACACAUCAACUGGCCUGACAAUAGCAACAAAGCACGCAGGAGAGAAAUUCUGA